AAAGGAUUUUAAAAAAGAAAAAAGCGGUAGCAUAAUGCAAAUUGAAGAGCAAGAGCAACCACAAUCUGGGAAAACGAAAGACAAAAACUGGGGAGGGUUGAGGCUGUGGUUUAUAAUUGAUACUUGUUUGAUCUAUGGCUACAGGCACUACUAGAAUGGUAUUGGUGGUGAAGGAGAUGUUGCAACUCUCUUCUUCAACACUUCCCUUUACUUCGCUUCGUCUUCGCGGGGUUUCUCCUCCUUCGCACUUCUCACUGCAAUUUCGACGCUCGUUGCGCCCUGCAAUUCGAUGCGCUUCCUCAGACUCCGAUGGCGCCAACAGAGUUUCGGCUCGGCUGUCGCAGGUCAACCAGCUUCUUCAACAAGCCGAACACCGCGCUCUCUCCGCCGACCAAACCCCUCCUCCUAAAAUCACAAUAGAUCAUGUUGCAGUGAGUUUUGCUAGAAGUGGAGGACCUGGUGGUCAGAAUGUCAAUAAAGUGAACACCAAGGUGGACAUGCGCUUCAACGUUAAAAAUGCACAUUGGUUGAGUGAAAGGGUUAGGGACAAGAUUUUGCAAACGGAGAAGAACCGUAUUAACAAGGACGGGGAGCUUGUGAUUUCGUCAACCAAAACUAGAACGCAAAAGGGUAACAUUGAGGAUGCUUUGGCAAAGCUUCAGGAAAUCAUUGAUGCAGCAUCUUAUGUCCCGCCACCUCCCUCAGAAGAGCAAAAAAAGAAAAUUGCCAAGAUGGCUGCUAUAGGCGAACAGAAACGCCUUAAAAGCAAGAAGGUGCUUUCAGAUAAGAAAGCAUUUAGGAGGAGUAAAAAUAGCUGGGACUAACAUGACCAGAAUGUUGAGACUGUUAUAUCAAUUUAGUUGCAGAAGUACAAUCCUCUUACACUAUCAUACCGGAUACACACAUUGGAUUAAUGGUUGAAAUAUAACCAUGAAUUCGCGGAACAAUUGGAAAGACCUUACAAAUGGUUUGUAGCUGCUUACUUGUAGUUAGCCAACAUUGUGAUGUAGCUAGGAUUUGGACGAUUACGAUAUUUUGAAAUAGAAACACCAUAUAUUGGUUGAAUCUAUAUUGUUUUCUGUGAGCAUUGUCCUCUUCGUUCGCCUUUGACACGCGUCAUCUAUUCACAUUGAAAGUCAACGACCUUGGAAACGUGCUUCUCUUGAAAACAUGUCGAUGGAUAAUGCCUCUGUUAUGGCAACGAGUUUUGUCAUUUAGGUAAGGUGGAAGGUUGGUUCCUUCGAAGAUUCGUUUUGAUACAUUUCCGUGACAGAAUUCUUUAUUUUAUGGAAGUGAUUGGAAGAACAGGGCCAUUUGUUUA